AGUUUUCAUGCUAUGAUUAUUUCAGGUAUGAUGCCACCAUCACCAAAUAAAUCAAAAAGUGUUCACAAGUCAUCGGGAAAACUCUUCCGUCAUAAGGACAAGGAACGGUCUGGUAGUAGUGGAAGCAGCAGUGGAAGUAGUGGCAACAAUGGGAGCAGUAGUAGCAGCAGCAGUACCAGCAGCAACAGCAGCAGUAGCAGCUGCAACAACAGCAGUGGCAAAAGGGAUGAUCCAAUGGAACUCAAAGAUUGCCCGUUGACUCUACCCGUGGUUGGUGCCUUGGACCAUACCAGGUCAUUACCUCGUUACACAGCCUUGCUAAGAGGUGGCUUCGUAUCCUCCUCAGUGGUGAAUGCGGAAGGGGUUUCCAUGGAGGAGCUUGACGGCCUCCAGCUUGAGUUGGAGUUGCUGCUGUCGUCCGUCCUGGUGCGGCAGAAUGGCCUGAACAACCAGCUGAAUAUCAUCCACCAGCUGGAGAAGGGCAAAUAUGUACCCAAGACACCAGUGUCUCCUGGGAAGAAGAUGAAACGUGAUGACCCCGACAGACCAUCUAAGAAGAUGAAAGACUCCAGCGGCAAGUCGAGAGAUGUCCUAGCCUCCCCUGGCCCUCCGCCGGGUGUCAAGCCGGCCAAGGUGAAUAAAGUUAAGUGUUCCGUACAGAAAUAUGAACCAGUGUUCGAUGUGCCUGACCUUGGGCCUCCUGAGCAGCCCAAACCUCCACCACCCAAAAAUGACAUCACCAAUCGCUUCUGGGCAACUGUAGAGCAAUAUUGCCAAGAAAUCACUGUUGAUGAUAUAAAGAUGCUCGAAGAUUUGAUCAACAAUCCAAAUGAUGACAGUGACUACUAUAAAACACCUCCCCUGGGAAGACACUAUACAUUACGCUGGGCUCAGGAAGACUUGCAAGAUGAACAGAAAGAAGGUGUAAAACUUGCAGAGGGAAAGAAGAAAAAUGUUAAGACAGAUUCAAGUAGUUCAGAUAUGUCUGAUAAAUUGUUAAAGGAAGUGGAUAUGAAUGGGUGUAAUGAUGAUGUAGCACCUUUUGGUCCUCUGACCCAAAGACUAAUUGCUGGUUUAGUAGAAGAAAAUGUUUUAGUGUCCGAUAUAGAAAAUAAAGCUGUAGAUGGUCUGGGCAUAAGUCGACCGGGGAUGAUAAGGUCACUAGGGCUGGCAAGUGCUUCCAGCCUAGAGAAACGCAUUAAGAAAGAACUUCAAGAACAAGGGGUCUUGGAGGCAGAAUAUGGAAAUGAAGACGAUGAUGAUGAAAUCCUAUCAGAGUUGAGGAGAUGUCAGGCAGAACUACGUGCAGUAUCAGCCCACAAUGCGCAGCAGUUAAGUCGUUUGCUGACCUUAGCCCGCGAAUCCCUAGUUCGCCAUGAUUUGAAAAAGAAGCUACGAGAUGCAGAUCAAAAGGUUUUAGAGGCAUAUCGUACAAUAGCAGCUGCACGUCAAAAAAAGAAGACUCCCUCAAAGAAAGAUAAGGACAUUGCUUGGAAAGCCAUCAAAGACCGAGAAGCAAUUGUUCGUCAACUUGAUUCAGCAUCAAAUAACAACUGCUAGAUGUAUCCUAACUAUAUGACAGGAAGUUAGAAUGUAUGUUCUUGCAAAGUUCUUAAAUGAAGAUGUCUGGCAGAAACUCAAGAAGCCUUAUAAAUUACUGUAUUCAUGAAAAUUUAGAUAGUAAUGAUACUGCCAUCAUACUGAAAGAAAAGGUUUGAUUAGUGUACUGUCUGUAUGGUUUACUAAUCAUUCCAGACGUUUGUGGACUGAAAGAGUUAUCUUUUCAUACAGAGAUACUAAAAUUUACAUUGGAGGUGGACUGGAAUAAAACACAAAAUCUUUGAUAGAGGAACAAUUUGAUAUCCAGUCAUGGAUUGAUUUAUAUUACAAUGUUAAUGCUUUUUGUUUAAGUUGCAUCAUUUCAGCUCCACCCCCUUGAUUUUUUGUUUAUUAAUAUCAUAUUAAAGAAUAGUUUUAAAACAACUUUAUAAGAACAUUACUAGUAAUGUAUCAAAAGGAUUAUUUAUUUAUUUGUGAAUAUUUGUGCUUUUUUUUUUUUUAAUAUAUAUUAUUUAGGGUAAUCUUGACAAGGUCUUUGUAGGUGGCCAGGUAUUUGGAUCUGAGUAUUAUUUAUUAGAUUAAUGUUAUAUAUUUUUAUGAUCGAGCAGUAAUGAUCACAAAAUUGUGAUGUCUUUGAACUUCAUAUUCAUAAAACAAUUGGGUGGGGUUCCGUUUUUUUUUUCUUUCUUUUUUUUUU